UGUUCACUGACAUUGUAAAUUUUUUAUUUUUGGAUUGUUUGUAGUGUUGUGUUUAUUGUGAUUAAUUAAUUUGUAACUAACAACAACAAUCAUGUCAGCCAUUAAAUCAUUAUUUUUAUUGUGUUUUGUUACUGGAAUUAUAUUUAUUAUUCCAAUCGAUGCUGCACGUCGAUCCGAACGUAAUGGUCAACGAAAAUUACGUCAACAGCAACAACGACCACAAUCAACAUCAACAAUUUCUUCAACGAUGAACAUUGAUCAUGGUGAUGAUCAUCAUUGGAAUGAUGGUCAUCAUCAAUUUGCAGCAUUAUCUCAUCAACAACAUCAUAUGGAAUCUUUCGCUGAAGAUGAUGAAUAUUUUGAUGAUAUUAAACCGGCUGGUCAUUCUUGUGAAGAUAUUCGUAUCGAAAUAUGUCAUGAUGUUGGUUACAAUGUAACUUCGAUGCCGAAUUUUGUUGGCCAUGAACUACAAUCCGAUGCCGAACUUCAAUUACAAAGUUUUAUUCCAUUAAUUUCAUAUGGAUGUUCAUCACAAUUGAAAUUUUUCCUUUGUUCAGUAUAUGUUCCUAUGUGUACGGAAAAAGUACCGGUCAUGAUUGGACCAUGUCGUCCAUUAUGUGAAAGUGUACGAUCACGUUGUGCUCCCGUCUUAUCGGGACUUGGUUUUCAAUGGCCAACUGCAUUGAAUUGUUCGAAAUUUGUGCCGGAAAAUACAAUCGAUCAUAUGUGUAUGGAAGGUCCACCACCACAUGAAUCAGAAUUGAUUGUUGGUGCGAACAAAACACCAAUUAUUAAAAAUGUUCUCGGAGGACACAAUUCGAUUGCUUCUCAGCCACCACUCAAUGUUUAUCACAGCACCAAUAAUAAUAAUCGACAAUCUCAUCCAUCAGUUCAUUUGAUGAUACCUGGUAGUUCUCGCCAUCAUCAUCAUCAUCUAAUUCCACAAACGUCUCAAAUUUCGCCAUCGGUUCCUCCUCAGCAUAACUUUGGAGAUUUGCUGUAUGGACCAUCAUCAAUCGAUACGAGUAAUCGUAAUCGUAAUAAACCGCUACAACCAAAACAAAUGACGCCCGAAGUGAUUAUGACAAAUGUUAUUGAUGCACAAGCACAAGAUGAGCGAUCAUCAUCAAUUGCAUCAACCGGUGGAUCUAAUCAAUGUUGGCAAUAUCGACGAUCAGAAAAUUAUGUUUUUCUUGAACAUCCUCGUGGUCGUUGUGUAGCACGUUGUGAAUCGGAUGUUUUGUUCACUGAAGAAAAUAAAAAUUUUGUUGAUUAUUGGACAAUGGUAUGGGCAUGUUUAUCAUUGGCUAGUUGUCUUUUUACAUUAAUCGCAUUCAUGACCGGAUCAACUGAUCGAUUUCAUUAUCCCGAACGAGCCAUAUUUUAUAUAGCAUUAUGUUCAAUGAUCUAUGCUUCGGCAUACAUAUAUCGAACAUUAGUCGGACGAAUAGCUGCAUCUUGUUAUCAGGAAGGUCCCGAUAAACAACAAUUGUUGCUUGUUCAAGAAGGAGCUCAUAAUCCACAUUGUACAUUUUCAUUUUUGAUGUUAUACUAUUUUGGUAUGACUGGUUCAGCUUGGUGGCUAGUAUUAGCAAUAACAUGGUCAUUAUCGGUAGCAUUCAAUUGGUCACAACAACGUUUAUCCUAUCAUAGCCAACUUUAUCAUUCGUUAGCAUGGACAUUACCUGCAUUACAAACGUUAGCAGCAUUAGUAAUGCGAGCUGUUGACGCUGAUGAACUUACCGGUAUAUGUUAUGUUGGAUCACAAGAUGACAGCAAUCUGUUGCGAUUUGUCAUUAUACCAAUGGCCAUUUAUCUGACUACUGGUCUGUUAUUUAUUAUCAUAUCAUUCAUAUCGGUUCGAUUUAAUGCAAUCACUAACAACAAUGAUUCGGAUGCUAAUCAUCCUUGUUGUAAUUGUUGUAUCGGUGCAGCUGGAAGUGAUGAAGAGAAUAGUAGCAAUAGCGAUAGCAGUAAUGUUGAUGCCGAAACUGAUCAUCAAUCAAGUUUAUCACAAUCAGAUGCCGCAUCCGUUGGUUGUGGUGAUUUUUGUCGUCGUUUGCGAAGAAAUUAUGGCCGUUAUGGACAAAAUAGUGGCCAUCAUCAUGGUCUUGGAAGAGUUGGAACAACUGCACAGGCUGGUUCCGGACAUUCAUUACUACUGUUGCCAGCAUCGAAUCGACAUCAUAAUCAUCAUCGUCGUCAGAUGUCAAAUAAUUUUUGCUCGGCAACCGUUUCUUCAUCAACAUCUUCAUAUUCAUCAUCAACAAUGUCCACUUCUCAUCAUCAUCACAAUAAUAAUAAUAAUCCAAUCUCAAAAGAUAAACACUGCAUCAAUGCUAAUGGUAAUGGUCUUUGGUCUAAUGUUGCUGUUUCGCAAACCAAUCCGAAUCGUGCCAUCAUUGGUCGAUCUAAUAAUAAUCAUAAUUUAACGGCAUAUCCAUCUCAUCAACAACGAGCUGUAGCAGCAACCAUGGCUAUUAACGAUGCUUUUGAUUAUGAUAGCCAUGAAGAUGCAGCUGGUCGUCGUCAUGAAGAUGAUGCUGCUCUUAUUCGUAGUGGUAUAUUUGCAUUAUUCUAUACACUUCCGGCUUUAUGUGUAUUAUCAACCUAUAUCUAUGAAUAUCUAUAUCGACAACAAUGGCUUUUAAGACAAACCGAUACUACCACCGCCAUUAUGACAUCUACAGCUACAAAUAUGAUCAACAAUUCACCAACAAUGAUUGAAUCACUUGAAUAUAAUCGUCCAAAUUUCGAAAUAUUUAACAUGCGAUUAUUUAUGUCAUUUGUUAUCGGCAUCAAAACCGGAAUAUGGAUUCUAACAGCACGAUCACCAAUAACUGCUUUAAGAUGUGUAAUAACACGUUGUAUGACAAAAAAAGUAUUUCCAGUUAAUAAUACUAUUAAUGGCCAUCAUCCUACACAUCAUGUUCAUCAUCAUCAUAAUCAGAUAUCCAGAACAUUACAACAACAACAACAAAUCCAAAAACCGAAUCCAGCACAGAUAUUACCACCACAUUCACAAAUUCUUUAUAAUAAUGAUGGUCAAACAAUGAUUAAUCAGCAUCAUCUAAAUCAACUAAAUAUUGAUUCAAACAAAACAUCUUUAGAACACACAAAUACAAAUAUUGGUCAUCAUAAUUCAUUAACACAUCAUUCUAAUCCUCAUCCUCAUCAUCAUCAUACGGAUCAUAUUCAACGACAACAACAAAAGCAACAAUUGGCCGAUAUUCAUCAGAAUCGUGCAAAUAAUUCUGGUGGUGGUAAUGGAAAUGAAACUGCAGUCUAA